AUGUUGGUAAUCAUUUCCGCUGCCAUAGUGUUUGCAGUGCACCGCUAUCGCAAAGGCAAAGUGCAUGUAGAAAAGGGUCCACAACUUGCUAAGAAGCCACGGAAGAUGGAGGCCGCGGAAAUUGGCGCUACGAAAUUCACGCAUGCUGGCGCGUUAGUUCUUGAUCCGAAUUUGAAAGGACCCGUG